AUGGUGGUGAAUCCAAUUCUUCGAAUGCCGUAUGCUCCAAUCACUCGAAAAACUGAUUUCGUUUACGCUGGCAUUCUCUCUGGCUUACAUGUUAUCAUCACGACGCUCGUAUAUCACUAUGUUCCAAAGCCGUACAUGGACGAGAUAUUUCAUAUAGGCCAGACGCGCGCAUACUGCGAUGGCAAUUUUACGUGGAAUCCCAUGAUAACAACCCCGCCCGCUUUAUACUUUCUGUCGAUUCCUUUUUGCGGUUAUGAACGUUAUGUCAACUCAAUAAUUUUCUUUUUCACGUUUCCCGCAUUCUGUCGUUUCAGAAGAAUGUUUGUGAGGAGCGAUGUUUACAUUACGGCAUUGAUUGUUUCAAUUCUUCCCAUUCUUCUUCAAUCAUCCGUUCUGUUUUAUACCGAUUUGCUUUCACUAACCGUUGUAAUUUGGGGAUUCACGAUGAAAAGUCCACUGGCAUCGUCGAUUUUCUUCACUGUCGCUACCCUAACACGCCAAACGAAUAUUGUUUGGGCGGCAGUGCAUGGGAUAGCACAGCUUUCUCUUCGUGUAGAUCGUUCGAAGCCUUUCCGAACAACAAUGUCAGCACUAUAUCAUUUGUGGCCGCUGGAAUUCCUCGCGUUCGGAUUUUUAAGUUUCAUUUAUUUCAAUAACUUUCAAAUCGUUCUUGGCGAUGCUCAAGCGCACAAACCGAAACCCCACCUGGCCCAGUUCUUCUACAUGGUCGCAUUUUGCGCAGCUCAUGCAUGGCCGCAGGCGCUAUCAAGAUUCCCGUCCAUUCUUAGUACCUUCAAACGUCCCAAUAUAUUUCUACUUAUUUUUAUCGCGUUUGCCGUUUACCGUUACGCGUUCGAUCAUCCCUACCUGCUCGCAGAUAACCGCCAUUUCACAUUCUAUAUUUGGCGAAGGAUUUUGUCACAUGAGAAGCUGCGAAUUGCAUUCACACCGCUUUAUUUCUUGUCAAUAAUGUUCAUGGAGGAAACCACCCAUCAUAUUCCUUCCAUUCUGAAAUUUCUCUUCUUGUUCGCUUCAAUCGCUGUCGUUGUUCCCGCGCAUCUUUUCGAAAUGCGUUACUACAUUGUACCAUUUGUGAUUUGGAGGCUCGUUUCCGUGAAUCACAAAUCGAAGAUACUCGACAUGACUGAACAUCGACCGGCUAGGAACAUAGAUGAAGCGCUUGCAAUCGUUGAACGAGACAUCAUGGCUAGACAAGCGCAACUGAACCGCGAUAGAGAGCUUGCAUUAGAAAUUCAUAAUCAAGAAGUGGCGAAUAUUACGGAGAGAACGUUGACAGAAGAGGAAAUAAUGAAUAUACUUGGCGAUGAAGUGCGGAAUGAAACAUUGAAUGCUCGCCGCCGAGCUCACGAAUCUCGUCGUCGUAGAAGAGGCGACAGCGAUAAUGCGCUCGAGCAGCCGCCGGCGCGCAGACAACGCAGUCCGAAUGACCGAAACGACAUUCCAGUGUAUGAUAUUGAGAGCAGCAGCGACAGCGAUAAUGACGAAAGAGACACGUUCAUUGAUGUUUACGUCGAGACUUAUAGCGAUGAUGCCGACGAUGAGAAUUCGGACAUUGACCAGCCGAGACGACAUCCUUAUCAUUUAAAUCAGCGCCAUCGGGAUAUACCGGACGAGGACAGAAGAAUGUAUCUCGGUGAACUUGAGUUGUUCGAUGAACCUGAUGAUAUGCUAGAGACAAUUCAUCGUGAGCUGGGAACCCGCGAAGUCACACCGGCGUUUCUACGCCGUCGCCCAUAUCGAAAUAGCAGAAGAGUUUCGGAGUUUGGCGAAUGCACGAUAUGCUUCGAGAUGCCGAUGGAUCCGGUUGGAUGCGAGAAAUGCAAGCAGCACCUCGGAUGCUCGAAAUGCAUUCAACAGUGGAAUCUAUCGUGUCAUACCGUGUCGGCGCCGAGCUGCCCAUUGUGCAGACACAGCUGGGAGUCGGGGCCGAAGAUUAAACCGAUGCAUAAUCUUCGAAAUGAGGCGCGACUUCGUCCGCGCAAUCGAGCUGCGGCUUCAUCCAAUGCUUAA